AUGAGCAACAACUUACUUGCACAUGAUGUUCAUGUUGAUGAAAAAUCCUUUUCUUGUAAAGUAUGUAAUAAGAGUUUUUCACAGAUGAAAAAUCUGACUGCACAUAGUCUCACUCAUACUGGUAGGAAACCCUUUUCUUGUAGUUUAUGUCAUAAGAGUUUUUCAAAGAAGUGUGAUCUAACUACACACAAUCGCACUCAUACUGGUGAGAAACCUUAUUCGUGCAGUAUAUGUACUAAGAGUUUCUCAUCUAGUAGCUAUCUGACUCAGCACAUGCAUAUUCAUACUGGUGAGAGACCUUAUUCUUGUAAUACAUGUAACAAGAAUUUUUCAACAACUCGUGAUCUGUCUGUGCACAGACGUGUCCAUACUGGUGAGAAACCUUAUCCUUGUAGUAUAUGUAAUAAGGAUUUUUCACAGAGUAGCCACCUCACUGCACACAUGUUCUCUCAUACUGGUGAGAAACCUCAUUCUUGUAGUACAUGUAAUAAGACUUUUUCACGGACUAGCCAACUCACUUCACACAUGCGCUCUCAUACUGAUCCUUCUGCAUCCAUGAGUAUUUCCAUCAUUCAUUCAACAGAGAAACAUUCUCAAAAAUUUCAAUUCAAGUGA